CAGUCUGGUUCGCAGCCACGAUGGGUGCAGUACGGCUUUUUGUGGUCGUCCUUCUUUUUGGGACAAGGAUACAAGAAAAUAAUGGCCUUCAGUGUUACUGUGACCGCUGCAGUACCAACUCCAGCUGCACGACGGACGGUAUCUGCUUUGUAGCCAUCCAAAAGUCAGGCAGCCGGAUGACCAUUGAGCAGCGCCAGUGUGUGCACGAUCGUGACUUGAUCCCACGAGACCGACCCUUCAUCUGUGCCCCAUCUACCAAAGAUGACAGUGGCAUUUACCCACUGUGCUGUACCACAGACUACUGCAACAAAGAGCCGGUGACCCCCACUGGCCCCACAGCGACCCCUUCUCCUCUGGGGCCGGUGGCCCUCGCUGCUGUCAUUGCUGGCCCUGUAUGUGUGCUCUGCUUGCUGCUGGUUUUGGCGUUCUAUGUUUGCCACAGCCACAGAGGCCUGGGCGCCGGGGGAGCCGGGGCCCACCACCACCACCACCAUCGGGUGCCUAAUGAGGAAGACCCCUCCAUGGACCACCCUUUCAUCACUGUGGGAACAACACUGAAGGACCUAAUCUAUGACAUGACCACUUCAGGCUCUGGAUCAGGUCUCCCACUGCUGGUCCAAAGAACAAUUGCCAGAACUAUCAUCCUCCAGGAAAGCAUUGGGAAGGGGCGUUUUGGUGAGGUGUGGCGCGGUAAAUGGCGCGGCGAGGAGGUGGCUGUCAAGAUUUUCUCUUCCCGAGAGGAGCGCUCCUGGUUCCGUGAGGCUGAGAUCUACCAGACUGUGAUGCUGAGACAUGAGAAUAUCCUGGGCUUCAUUGCUGCUGACAACAAAGACAAUGGAACAUGGACUCAGCUGUGGCUGGUGUCGGACUACCAUGAACACGGAUCCCUGUUCGACUACCUGAACCGCUACACGGUCACAGUGGAGGGCAUGAUCAAACUGUCUCUGUCAACAGCCAGCGGCCUCGCCCACCUUCACAUGGAGAUUGUUGGCACGCAAGGAAAGCCAGCUAUUGCCCACAGAGACCUGAAGUCGAAGAACAUCCUGGUGAAGAAAAACGGGACGUGCUGCAUCGCUGACCUGGGUCUGGCUGUGCGGCACGACUCUGCCACCGACACCAUCGACAUCGCUCCAAACCACAGAGUAGGGACCAAAAGGUAUAUGGCUCCAGAGGUUCUGGACGACUCCAUAAACAUGAAGCAUUUUGAGUCUUUCAAACGAGCUGACAUCUACGCCAUGGGCCUCGUCUUCUGGGAGAUUGCCAGUCGCUGCUCCAUGGGAGGCAUUCAUGAGGACUACCAGCUGCCCUACUAUGACCUGGUCCAGUCAGAUCCAUCAGUGGAGGAGAUGAGAAGGGUGGUUUGUGAGCAGAAGCUUCGGCCCAACAUCCCCAAUCGCUGGCAGAGCUGUGAGGCCUUACGGGUGAUGGCAAAGAUCAUGAGGGAGUGCUGGUACGCCAACGGAGCUGCACGACUCACUGCUCUGCGAAUCAAGAAAACGCUGUCUCAGCUCAGCCAACAGGAGGGGAUCAAGAUGUAGAAACAACUACCACACACACACACACACACACACACACACAUAUAUGACUUUCAUCCAUAGCAUUAUUAUCUUUAUGAUUCACUGAUUGCCCCUCCUGUUUGUUCUGAAGGGAAGUGAUACGUUUCCUCUGUUGUCACCUCAUUUCAUUCAUGGACUGACUAAUCAGUACUGAAACUGAGAAUGUGUGUGUGUGUGUGGGCUAACACACACAUACGAACGGCUGAUUGGAUGGAUCAGAUGAAGGAUGGCUGAACAGGAAGAAGCCUUCACUCAUUGUUCUUCCUUUUUUCUUUCAUCAUAUGAAGUGUAUCCGUGCCUCCAUCGCUCGUCUUCUACACAAACAGACACACAUACAGCCCCGAGCUCGGCAGGCUCUGUGAGACCAGAGCGACAGCUGGAAGUCACCUGGACGCCUCUGAGUCACAGCGCUUUGUUUCAGCACCACAUCUGUACAUCAACAUUGUGCUCUGACGCUUCAGUUCAAGAAUCCAUUUAAAAAUAGGACUUUUCUGUGGAACAGCUUGUUCUGUUAACAUGUUCGCUCACACACCCAGCCUACAGUGCUGUGCAAAAGUUUUGAGCCAAGCCCAUUCCUCUCUGUUUCCCUUAGAACACGAGAAACGUGUGCAGCGCUUUGUUGUGACAUACAAACACUGAAAUUCUAAUUCUAAUAGGCUUAAAGGCAGGAAGUUAAUAUUUGGCCAAUCAGAAUGAAGACUAACAGCUGUGGCUGAGGCCCAAACAGAUGGAUGGUCAGUGUUGUGCUCUUUCCCUACACAGUGAUGACGUUUUGAACCAAAACCUUCACAUUUCCAUCAGACCUGCUGCCACUGAUUCUUCAGCUCCCUCCUUGUGUAGUUUGGCAUCGCUCAGCUUUGUCUCGGUUUAUGUAAGAAUGGAUCUUUGACUCCGCCCAUCCACUGACACCAUUUCUGACCACUAGCCAACCAUAGAUGUAGCAGCGGGAGAGCCAGAGGAUCUCGUCAGGUCUUUGCUGGAGUUUUUCUUAAAGAAAUGACUCCAAUAAUAAUCGUCUGCUGUAGAUUGUAACCCUGCCAGUGUGUGCUUUGUCCUCUGCUGGUUUCCUCACAUUGUUAAGGACACCACACACUAAUCACCUUCAUAGUGCAGAAAUACAGUUUCAUGCCUCUUUGGUAUGUUCGAUAGAGUCUAGGAACAAAUUCAGAGUGUUUUAUAAAAACCAAGUGCCUAAAGAAACGACGUAACCUUGGUUUAAAUGAUCGUUGUUAAGGUGCCUGUUGUGCACAGAGACAGCGCCGGUUCAUCCUUUGAGUUAGGUUUUAAUGCAUGAAGGAUUCACGUCGGUGUUUAGUGGCCAAACAAACAAACAAACAAACAAACAAACAAACAGAUUCCUUUGAAAAUGGUCACAGUGGAUAAAAAAGCCCACAGUGACCUUCAGAGAGCUGCUACACUUUAAAAGUCAAACCUAAACAGUGUAGUGGAGACUUUUGCACAGCACUGUACAUUUUUGAAUGUAUAUUUGAAUGUACCUUUGAACACGGGCCACAUGCGUUUGGUUUGCAGCAGGUUUGGGAUCACAGUGAGGACAGCAUUGAUAGGAACACUCUGGCCUUGCUUGGCUUCCAUUUGUAGCUCGUACAGAUUUCUCUAUGUAGACGCUGCAUUGGAGCCGGGGCCAUGCGUCAUAUCCAGCCGCCAUGUUGCUCAGCAGGUCAGACUGUUGGCUCUCAUUUAAAAAGAUUUUAAAGUUCCAAUGAAAAACAAGUGAGAACUACAGAACAAGGCUCCAUGUUCCACCAGGGAAUAUUUCACUGCUAUUAGCAGUAUGUCACAAUUAACAUUUUAAUUAAUGUAAAAUAUCAGAACGAUGUGAAUAUUUGUCAGCAGAGAACUGCAUAAAGCACGUGCACAACUGUAAUAUUUACUUUAAUCACAGGAGUAUCAUUGUUACUAUAAGUAAUGUGAGCAUUUUCACAGCGAGUGCCCUGAGUAGAGUUCAAAAGACAAACUGUGGCUUUCUGAACAACACAGCAGCUGUAAUGACGCAUGGCUGCUGUGGGCAGCUCUGUGGAGGUGAGUGGGUGCUGCCACCAGAAGCAGAACCAGUGUCUGCCAUGAGCAUUCCCGUUUUCCUCGGCCUGGAGCAGAAAUCCAUGCGGAGUGCAUAGAUGCUCCCACAGCGUGCUCCUCUUGUGUCACAGUAGCUCUGGGGACUUAACCGGCUCUUUGACCCGCUCUCUGAUUUAUGCAUCACCUUUAUACUUUCUGUCGUUCGAGCCGCACCGCUCCGUUUCAUUCAGUGUGGUUUUCAAAAAACAAAGCGGACGUGGCGAAGUCAUUCAUUUUUGGCAAACAUGCUGCAACAUAUGCAAUAUACAGUAGAUAAAUGUGUCUAUUUUCUAUACUGUGCUCUGCUAAACCACAAACGGCAAGAACAACAACCAACAGCUGCCACCAUGCCUUCCAAGCCAGUCGUUACUGGAAAGUGCCGUGCUUCAAAGCCACCGUGUCCUGCGUUGGCUGUCGUGGGUUGUUUUAGCGUAUGCAGCUUUGUGUGGUGUGCGUCAGAGGAGGCUUGGCAGAGACCCCACUGAGCAGCAAGCUCAUCCUAUGCAUACCCGUGAUACAGGGAGGAUAGGAAGAGGAGACGCACACUGUACGCCGCUGCGCCCACGGCCCAACCGACACACCGGUGCCAUACCAUCAGACCUCCCCUGGAACACCUCGCCACCUCAACGAGAACUUCUCAUACAGCUUAUCCUCUGGAGCUCCAGCACCGUAGACUGUUUGCAGACAAAGCUCUCUCGAAAAGAACCAUAAAGACUCGUAAGCAUUAACGAUGUUGCUCUCUAAAUGUAAACUCUCGGAUUCUCCGAUGUUCUGUUUCUGUGUUGACGACGACGCCGCAGCAUGAAUCAAACGAUGAACAUUCUUUCUCUGUAGGAUAUUUAACAAAAAAGCAGUGAGGUGCAUUCAUUUAAAUAUAGCAAAUGCAUAUUUACUAAGCCAUAGGUUUUUCAGGUUGCAUAUUAUUAUUAUGAUUUUCUUUUUUGUCUUUUUCUACUAGAAUGUACAUUUACAAAAACAUGAGAUGAUCAAAAUCAAACCGACAAUUUUGUCAUUUCAGCUUAGCAAGCCUUAAGGGACCAACACAUAAGAGUCAGGAUAUGCUCUUCAUUUUGUGUGUGUCGUUUUUUAAAAUGAAAAUCGAUAAAUCUAUUAUACACAUAUAUAAUGAAUACUUUGAUGGAGUAAGUGUCAUUAUUCUAUGUAAAGGAUAUAUAGAUGUAUAUAUCGCACCUGACGUUCCAGGUGUGUUUGUCCUGUUGCCAAAUUGCCAUGACAUCAAACACACAGGUCACAAGUCCAGAACUGGGUACUUUGACUGGGACGUCUGCCACACCGUGAUUUGCACAAAGACACCACAGAGUCUGUUUGUUGUUCAGCAAUAAGUGCACUUCUGUACUGCUGCGGUGUUUAUCUGUAAGUCGGCUGUCAGCGAAUCAGUCUGUCUUCGUUGUUUCUUUUCCUUUUAUCCAUUUAUAAUGUAUCGUUGUGCUGCUGCUUAAUUGGCCAGCUCGCUUUCCAGGUCGAGGUGAGAGCUGCCGUUGGAUGUGAAUAUCCCUCUGUUGCCUGAAUCAUUGUGUGCUAUGUUGCUCUAACACAAACUCGCUCCGAGCGAGUCCUCUGCUUCUCUGUGCUGAUCGGUUAACAUGGAAUAACACGGAGGUCCGUUUAUUAUUUUAAGGAAGGGACAGGUGAGGUUGGGACUUGUUCUUUGUUGUCAAAGCAUAAAAACUGCAUCACUGAAAAGCCGUCAUUAUGGGACCUUUGGUGGAGAUUCAGUUGGCUCUGAAAUCCUCAGUGUACACAACAUUUUCAGGUAAAAUCAAGACAAAAAGCUCCAGUUGGCUGAAGCUAAAUAUCAUUUCACCAGCUUCUAAAGUCUACACAACAUUUUCACAACCUGCUGCUGGCUUUUUACAGUUCUGCCUCUGUCAUCAUAGAAACAUAAGACAAAAGAAAGAUUGGCCCCUGCCAUAGAUGUUAAGCCUCCAACUAUCUGCUGGAGUAAAAACAAAAGAGGAAAACAAAACGAGGUGACAGGCUGGUUAAAUGUUGCAUGUCUGGAAAAGUUGUUGAACUAGCAGGCUUGUCGAGGAGGUUAGGGCGUCACGUUUCCAAGCUGUUUACGUCCCACGGUGUGGGUUGGAAGUUUGCUGGUAGAGGUCUGGGAACCUUCUAAGAGAUUACAUCCCUUUAAGCUCUGCACAGGUGGGCCUUUAGGUUGGACUGGGAGCACGUGGAAUGUGUGCCAUCCACAACAAAAGCUCAAUGAACAGCUCUCCUGAUAUGCCUUCAAUAGGUCAAUCUUCAUUUUGUCUUAAAGUCACCAGCAGCCUUGUACCUUCUCUUUUCCAACCCCAACAUAAGUGUAUAAAGAUGUUUACCCAGCAUUUUUCUCUCUUGAACAGAAUGACUUCGGUCUGUUGAGUCUGUCUUGGCUUUUUUGUCUUGUUCCACGUUCUCUAACUGAUCCAACAGCUACAACGGCCACACUUCACUGCAGCGGUUUCAGUGGCUUAACAGCUCUGUACCGAGUAGACCAACUCACACUCACCCCUGCUUGUUUUUCUGUUUAUUUCUUUGUGAACUAACACGUUGAGGCUGGAGUAGGAGUCCAAUAAAGCAUUCGGCUUGACGCAGUGAUUGGGGAAAAGAGCUCGCACUUGAUGACAGUGCCUCCUCUGGUCUCUUAAGGCUGUGCAGAAGAUGAUCUCAGUGAAGGUGAAAAUCUAGGCACUAAAUUCUUUCAUCAAUACUAAAGUGGGCAUGUUUAUCAGAUUAUGUUGAUUGGACCAGACACGUUCCAUCAGAUGCUUCAUUUCAAAUAUACUGGUACAUUAAGAAAAGUUGUGUAUUUGAUUUUCACUGUGGACAUUUUAAUGCAUGGUUUAACUCUGAUGUCCAGUGGCUACCUUUGGGAAGUUGUUGGGUUUCUCCUUAUAACAUUUCUAGGCUUGACCUGGAGGAUCAUCUUACUGCUGUGAUGAUCACACUAUGCCCAUAAGCGGUCCUGGUGCUUGGUCAUGAAACUUGGAUUUUUAAAUAUUUGUAAUUUCUUUUCAUUCAUCCAUCUGUCCCCUUUUACUAACCUUAUCAGGGUUGCAGGGGUGCUGGAACGUAUCCCAGCUACCAUAGGGAGAGAUAGCUAACACACCUGUGGGCAAUUCAGAUUCACCAAUGAACCCCAUUAAAUGCAUGACACUGGACAGUGGGAAGAAGCCGGAGAAAGGAUGUAAACUUUAUUCAUUUUUAGUUUUGUACGUGCUUGCUUGAAGAAGAAUGAGUUUAAAGUGGUAAAAUUUGGAAACAACCACAGGUACAGUCAAAUGCUCUUCAGUAUUCUCCUUAUAGGAAUACUUUGAAUGGUGUGCAGAACCCAUUUAGUUUGCAGAGGCUUGCUUAAUGACAAACACAAUUCUGCACCAAGAGAGUUUUAUACAAUUCAUUUUGUCCUCGGUGCUAGCAUCUGAGGGUUCUUAGACAUAAGCAGCUCCUUCUGGAGACUAAAAAGGGCUUUUUUGUUCCCUAACACCAGUCACAAAAUUCAUGAGAUCUCCCAGUUGAUUUUAGGUGACCAUAUUACUUAUGAAACCUCCGUGACCAUUCUGAAAUUGAAGGCGCUCUUAGUCGGUCAUUGUUCUUACAGUUGUGCAACCAUUGGUCCGUGUCCAACCAUGUAGAGAGACUGGCUGUAGAUUUGUUCAUUUGUCCCCAUACCCGAAUCAUCAAAGCUUUUUUGUGGUUGGCUGACCGUGAAAAGAUUGCGCACUGUCGGUCAAAGCUCCAUCAGCACUGCAAUUGUGUUACGUGAUCAAUGCUUUUUGGACCGUGGCCUUCAUCACGGUGAUGUUUUCUGGAAAGCAUUGGGAGUAAACCUGUAAGUCCUUUCCCUUUAACACAGUCUGACAGCAAAAUGGGUCAUUGCUGCUUUGGCCCUCGUCACCAUUGCAGCCUAGCUAAAUAUGGAGCUUUGUGAUUAACUUUGCAAAAGUGUCUGUUCUAACCCAAUCCAUGGUCUUUCAUCAACAUUAUUGAACUAUUUGUUGCCUAAAACUAACCAAAGAGCUGGAGGAGGUGACCGUGGACCGUGUCCCAUCUUACACUGCUGCCCUGCAAUCUGGCUAAAUCUAACCAAAGUGCCAGUAAAAGCAAAAGUAUAUAUUUAGUUAAAAAGCCCCAAAAUAACCGGAAUAAAGUCUGAAUCCAUGUUGGAUGCCCAGUGUUAAAGUCCUGGCCACCACACCUCCAGCCUUCAGACUUUGUAGCUCUUUCUGUCUAAACGGGGCACUUGACUUUAACACGAGCCGAUACGAAAGGUCAAAACUAAAACUCUCAACUUCAGAGAAUUUGCAUCACAUUGCUAUGAGACUGUGUUGUUUCCUUCAUUCUUUUAAGUAAGAAGUGUUUGUUUAGUUAUUUGGAUCAUCAACCAUGUUUCAAACUGUUAGCAAGAAAACCUGCUGUACCUCAUUCUGGAGACUCGCGUUCUGCUUUCUCUCUUUGUAGCUCUCAGUUAAAUGGGGAGAGGUGCGCUGUGACGUAUAGCCAUGCAAUCUCAAACCUCACUCCACCGGUCAGUAGCAGCACGGCUCAGCUGUUUGGUGACUCAGACCCAUUAAAGCAGAAGCACCGUAGAAUAUGCAGCCUUUCCACGUUUUACUUCGUGUAGACGUCAGGCCUGUUUUCCUGCUUUGUGCAGAUUGAUGGAUGGCCACAACAGGGAGGUGUCGUGAACUAUGCCAGCAGCUUCAAACCAUGCACUGACAAAUUCCCACAGCUGCGAAUGUAUCAGUCCUCUCAGAGUCAACAUCCCAACCCGAGCACAACCUGCAUAUCUCAGCCAAAACUUGUGUCUGCAAUCGUGCAGAUAUCGCCCGUCUCUUUCUCUCAAUAUGCAAAGCCGGGCUCGGUGGCAUCUGUCCACAGAGUCCCGUUGGAUCACACAUGUUCAGAGACCUACCUAUGCUAGCAGCAUCUAUACACUGUGACCGCAUUAGGGUGACGUGCUCCUCUCCUGAGUGCCCUCCAUCAUCUCACAGACCAGAGGAAGGCGGUGUGGGUCACUAAAGGGCUCUGCCUCUGCUUGGAACAAACCUUUUCCAACCUGGUUUAAUGCUGCAGCGUGGCCUCUUUGGCAGCAAAGGUAGUAGAAAGCUUUAACAUGUUUUAUUUGGUGCCUAAGUUUGACUUUUGCUUUUGACCUCCAACGACGAGACUGCAUGUGUCUGCAUAACCCGCUUCAUAGAUGUCAUCCAAAAGCUGAAAGUGAUCUGUAAAAAGCAUCCAGUAAUUAAAGUGUUACAAAGGACACUUAAUCAAAAAGAAAAUACCUCUUUGAAAGACCAAUGUAUUUUUACCUCACUGUAUAUAUUCCUGAUUUGUUUACUCCGACUUUGCAAUUGAUCUGUUUUUGUUUCUAUGAAAUGCUUAAAGAUGAUUGGUUUCUUCUUUUUCAUGGUACUUUUCUGUCACAUGGCGCUGUAAUGUGUUAGUGUUGUGAGCGAGCAGUAUACUCUCCUUCCUCUGUUACCGUGCUCUGUGUGUGACCUGUCGCUUGUGUUCUGCGUGAACUGUAUAGUCGAUGCGCUUUACAAAUGUCCACGCCCUCUUCUCUGGUUACAAAUGCCUUGUUCAGUAUGGUUUUGUUUUUUUGUUGAACAAAGGAGGAAAAAAAAAAAAGACAAAGUGGAAGUGGGACGCUGGAAGAGCGGGGUGAGACUGUUGAGCAGAAACCCCUGAACUGUGGAGGUCACCUCAAAACUCUCUGGAUUUCUAGACGUAUAUUAUAAUCUUGAAAUGUUUAUAUAGUGUGGAGAGACGAAUGAGAGGUCAGCAUAGAGCUAGAGGAUAGACACAUGUUAACUUCUAACAUAGCUGGAGUAGAAAGUGGUGUGAAUAAAGGAACCCUGUUUCACUAUCA